AUGGAGGGUCUCCAGGAACACGCGGCAGUGGUGUUCGAACCGCAUCCUGUGCAGUCAAGUUCUGCCACUUCUGCUCAUGCCUCAGGACAGCAGAGCUACGAACAUGUCUGGAAGGAGAUCUAUGCCUGCACUGAGCUCCACCAGCGGGUGUGUCUGGGGAUCCUCAACUACUUCAGGUCCGUGGAGAGAAGCCUGACCAUCAGUACCGCCGGCCUCUCCUUCAAGGCUGGUCGCCUAAUUCCCAGUGCAGAAGACACCUCCUGGGUCAGUGCUGCCAAAGGAGGCACUGGUGUUUCUGGUGGCCUGAGUUCUCAGCCGUAUGUUCACUACACGCCAGCUGACUACAAGGUCCACAGCGCUCAGUUCAUGGAGUUUGCAGAGGUGGAAAACCAUGAUGACUUUCACACUAGUGAAGAUGCAUAUAUUCACACACAGGACCAGCGAGGGGUUUACAUAAUAUAUGAUGUGGCUUUAGAGGACCUGAAGGAGCUUGAGAAUCAGCUGCUGCUUGUGGCCAGCCAGUACAUUGAGAAAGAUAAAAGUAAGAUAUUUACAGGUCCAAAACACCUCAACAUCUUUGGCUGGGCACAUGCCUCUGUGGAUCGAUUUGCUGUGCUGCUUGACCUCUGGACCUGUGAAACUGCUCUCUUGGAAAAAAAAUGCCAGCUUCUAGAUGUUUACUUUGAAGCUUACCAACAUGCUUUGGACCCAGAGGAAAGAUUUGCUUUGGCCCAAGCGAUAAUUGACAUCAUGCAUAAACGUCCACGGUUUGAUCUCAAGCUUGAAUAUUUUGUCAACGCCUACAAAGAUGAAUGCAUCUGUUUACAACUUCACCUCCAACUGCUGAGGGACAUAAUAAACCAACAAAUAGAUACCCAGAGGGAAUAUGUCCACAAGAUUUGGCGGGAAGGUCAGAGAGGUGGCGUCUGUGAAUUUGGACUUCCUUAUAAUGUAAUUACUAAGCAGCUUAUCUCUCUUAACACUAGCCGUCCUACUUUGAAGAACAUUUAUUUGCUGGAGUUUCACCCUUCUCUUGGUCUGGUGUGCUUGAUCCCCAAAGCUCUCGAGUAUAUCUACCAGGAAUUCUACAGCAUCUGCAGACCAAAAACAGCCAGUAAAGCAAGUAAUCUAGAAAAACAAGUACUUCAGCUAGUAGUUGAUGAGUGGCAAACUAUGGAAAAAGCAGAAUUUUUUUACAGCUCUCAGAUUCAAAAAGACUUAUUUGCUGAGGUACUGAUAGAAGACCCUGUGCUGGUGCAAGAGAUUGCUUUGUCACUAUUAGAGGUGGGAGCAGAUGAAGAAAAAAAGACAGGCAGAGAAAAACAGCUCUUUAUCCUGGAUUCCUUCUCCACGCUCCUGGAGCUUGCCAUGCUCCGCCAUCGGCUGAUAGAGGUGGCAACAGAGAGUGCGCAGUUAGCCCGGUUAUAUAAGGCUUUUGCAAUGGAAGCAGGUUUUGGGGAGUUCCAUUUGUACCUGAGGCCCAUGCUCUUCGAAUCUGCAUCUCACAGGGAGAAAGCAGACCACCUCCCACCAAUAUUCAUUACAUCUCUCCUGGAAGAUGACAGCUGUGUUGACAGAUAUAUUCCAUCUAGCUUACCAUUAGGCAUCCAAGAAAUCGACAGUCAUAUUGGAAAGUUUAGUUUCCGUACAAGAGAUGGUGUUUUGCAGCUCUUGUGUCCAUCUGGAAUAAAGAACAUGCAACUUGUCCUGGCCUGUCAGGUCAUUCAGAAAAAUGCUCUUUUGGCAGCUCUUCAGCAAGCCUCCUUUUGUUACUUGGUCCAGCCUCCCCAUACCCUGGACAUAAAGGUUAGCAGCAUCUUCUUCCUCCCAUUGCGCUAG